AAAUAAUAAAUUUAAAGUUUUGUGACUUAAAAAGUUUAUCAAUUUGAAUUUUGAUUUUUUAAUGACGUUUUCUUCUUUUCUAAAAUCCUUGAUUAUAUUAUACUGAAAAUAGAUAUAUAAUAUAAAUAUUAAUCAUAUAAUUGUCAAGUUGUAAAUUGUGUUUGAAAUUUUUGAUCAAAUGACCACCAUAAAGAUGAUAUUAGUCAAGUCUUCCAAGCAUUAUUGACUUAAGGAUAGAUGGAUUAUAUCUGUUAGAACAUAGGACUGGAGAGAAGAUUUCAGGUUAAUUGAAAAAUGGUAUCUCUUGUGUGAUUUCUGGCAAACAAUAUUUGAGAUGAAUUCUACAGAAGAUUCGGUAAAAGUGAAAAGUGAACCAUUAGAGGAUGAGUAUAAGUGUGUUAUAUGCGAUAACACUUGGCAUAAAACUCGAUCUUUGGAUAUUGGUUAUCAUUCAUUUCCCAGGCGAAAGAGAAGGUUUAGUUAUUGGAAAAGUUUUUGCAACUAUGCAGUUCCUUCACUUAUAAUGGAUGAAUCUGUCAAUAUUAUGUUAUGUAGUUUGCAUUUCAAUGAAUCGGAUUUUUGGGACGAUCAAGGAAAAAGGCUCAAAACAGGUGCACUACCAAGAUAUCUGUUACCUCUCGAUUUGAAAGAUAAAAUAGACGAAGAUAUUGAAUUGCCACAAAAUCAAAUUGACAAAAAUACCAGAGAAGAUUCUAUUCUUACGAAUGUCGAAAACGAUAAUAUUACUAAUAAUCAAUCUUCAUCUGACAGUGAAUCAGACAACAGUAGCUUUUCUGAAAAUGAGUCAGACAAUUUUAAAGAAACAACUGAAAUAAAACUUGAAGUAAGCUGCGACACCUUACCUGCUUUGACUUUUAAUGAAAAAACAUGUAGAUUAUGUUUAAAACAGGACUUUAAAUUGGUUCCCAUAUUAUCCGAUAUUAUGGAUGAUAAUACAAGCACUUUAGAACUAGCCAAAGUUUUUCAGUGGUUAACUGGUGAAACCAGGGAACAGGUAGAAAAUCCUAAAGUGCCGAGCAAUAUGUGUGAAGCAUGCAUUAAACUUAUGAUGAGUGCAUACGAUUUUCGCAAAAAGUACGAUCUCAGUCGUCAGCAUUUACUUCGAUUUCUUUUAUCCAACUUCGUAAUGGAUGCUGACUAUGAUAUAAACUACGAGGCAAACAACGACUGUUCAGUUUACAGUUUAACCCAAGAUAGAGUUAAAAGAGGCAUAGACACUUUCCAUAUAAGCAAUAUUAAAUUCUAUGACUGUUCGAUUCGGAAAGAAAGCAAUUCUACAGUUCUUGGAUCUAUUCCAGAUGCUUUAAAUCCAGAAGAGAAAGAACUAACUUCCUCCCAAGGUUUACUAACUUUCCCAUCCAACUUUCAUACUGUCAAAAAAACGAGUAAAAAAAAUGAUAAACUUCCUAGCAAAUAUAUUGAACAUUACCAUUAUGAAGAACGGAGUACAGAGAGUAGUGAAGAUCAAGUCGACGAAAAUGAAGCACUAACUUUAACCCAAAAUUCCUCAAAUUCACCGCUACUUAAACCUUAUACUACCCAUAUAGGAAAUGAUGACUUCACGAUUUCCACAAAAAGUAAUGUUCUAGAUGCUGUUAAGUCAAUAUGUAAUGAUAUAGGAAAAGAAGACGAAGAACUAAAUUUUUUCCAAGAUUUACAAAUGUCACCAUCAUCUACACUUCCUAAGGGACAUAUUGACUGUCAUAAAUGGCCUUUUAUAGAGAGUAGUGAACACAUUGUGGAAAGUAAAGAGCUUAGUUUGUCCCAAGAUUUAGGAACUUCAUCAGUGCGUAAACUUUAUUCUAAUAAUAUUGAAAAUAAUGACAAUGCAGCUCCCAAACAAAACGAAAACAGUACUGAUAUAAAUGGUUUUAAAUCAAUAUACAAUGAUAUCAGACAAGAAACUAAAGAACAACAUUUAUCCCAUGAUUCACAAAUUAUGACUCACGAUGAUUCACAACCGAAUUUUAUACAUGCUUCACAAUCAUCCUUACCUGCUAAAUGCCACACUAAAGAAUUGGAAGUCAAGAAAAGUGAAAACUAUUCCAAGAACAGUCAACUUGAUUUUAGAGAAGGUUUUCAAACUUCGCUAUCAGCUAAAUAUCAUUGCUCAGAUUUCCAAGAUCAUAACUACUUAAUUUCUAUGAAAAGUAAUGAAGACACAGUGAAAGAAAAUAAAAAACUUAAUUCAAUACAAGUUUCACAAAUUUUACAAAUAACUAAACUUUAUAAUGAAAAUAAUGUGAAUAAUGACAACAACAUAAUGAGAGAAAGUGGAGAACUUAAGUUGGCACAUAUCUUUUUACCACCUAAGUCUUACAUGAAUCAUGUAACCAAGGAUGACCACGACACAAUGAAAGGAAAGGAAGGAUUUGAUCUAGUUCAAUAUUCAAAAGUUUCAUCAUUCUUCAAACAUCCUGAUUUUCAAAUUUCCUUAUCAGCAGAAUAUUGUACGGCAGAUUCGGAACCUCCUACAGAAAGUAGUAAAAACUUAGCCAAAGAAAAUGAAAUAUUUAGUUCGUCACCAGAUUCACAGAUUGUACCAAUAACUAAACCUUAUAAUGAAAGUAUAGCUAAUAAUAACUGCAACACAAUGGGAGUAAAUGGAGAAGCUAUUUUGGCUCAAGAUUUACAGUUUUCAUCAUUAUCUAAACUGGAUAUUAAAAAAUUGAAAAAUAUGGAACAGUACAAGGAUACUACCAUGAAGGAAAAUCAAGAACAUGCUACACAGGAUUUACAAUCAUCCUUACCAAGUGAAUGUUCUACUAAAGAUUUGAAGGUUCGGGACAAUGUAAUUCCUAUCGACAGUAGUGAAAACAUAGUAAAUAAAAAUAAAAAAAUUAAAUCGACACAAAAUUCGGAAUUAUCUAAACUUUAUAGUGUAAAUAAUGAUUGCGAUAUGGUGGGAGAAAAUUCAGAAGCUAUUUUGGAUGAGUAUUCAUUAGUUUCAGGUUUCCAGAAACUUGAUAAAGAAAAUACAGAAUAUGACUCUGCUACUAUGAAGAAAAUUAAUUUUAUACAAGGUGUCUUACCAACUGAAUGUCAAAAUAAAAAUUUGAACCAUUAUGACACUCCUAUGCUCAGUAGCGAAGAGACAAUAAAAGAAAAUGAAAAUCUUAAUUUGACACAAGAUCCACAAAUUUUAGAAAUAUCUAAACUUGAUAGUAAAAAUAUUGAACAAUAUGACCGGACCACACAAAAGGAAAAUCAAGAAAUUUAUUUUACACAAGUUUUGCAAGCAUUGCUACUAACUGAGUGUCAUAUUAAAGGUUCGAAUGAUAAUGCAAUACCUAUGGAGAGUAGCGAAGGCAUAGUAAAAGAAAAUGAAAAACUUAAUUCGAUACAAGAUUCACAAAUAUCUGGCGACAGUGAAAAUAUGGAACAAUAUGAGUGUGCCGCUGUGAAGAAAAAUCAUACAUCAUCACAUAAUGCUAUACAGGACUUACAAGCCUCCUUGCCAACUGAGUGUCACAUUAAAGAGUUAAAGAAUCAUGACAGUAUAGUUUAUAUCGACAGUUGUGAACACGCAAGAAACGAAUCUCAAAAACUUGACUCAACAAAAGAUAUCGAAUAUAAUGAUCUCGAUGGAGUGGGAGAAAAUGAAAAAGUUGAUUUACCUCAAGCCUCACAAGUUUUAACAAGUUUAUCUACAGGUCAUAGUGAAAAUAAGGAGAAAGAUGGAAGACUAGGACAACUUAAUUUUAUACAAGGCUUUAAAAUUUUCCGACCUGCUGAAUGUCAUAGUACAGAUUUGCAGAAGUAUAACCAUAUAGCUUCUAUGGAGAGUAGUAAAGACUCAGUGGAUGAAAAUGAGAAACUUGAUUGUAUUAAAAUGUUACAAAAAUCUAACCUUUAUAAUGAAAAAACAGAUAAUAGUGACUGCAACACAGUAAGAGAAAAUGAAGAAGUUGAUCUGUCUCACGAUUCACAUGUGCCACUAUUACAUCAACUUUAUAGUGGCUAUGACUCUACCAAUGUAGACGAAAAUCCACAGCCUAAAUUCACAAAAGAUUUACGAAGUAGCGGUUUAAUUACUGUGGAAAGAAGAGAAAACACAGUUAAAGAGAAUAAAAAAUUUAAUUCGGUACAAGACUCACAUAUACCAUCAUCAUCUAAACUUGACAGUAAUAACAUAGACAAUUCUGGUUGCAACAAAAUGGUAAAAAACGAAGCAAUUAAUUUAAUACAAGAUUCAUAUAUUUCACCUUUGUCGAAAUUUUAUACUAAGAAUGUGGAAAAUAUUGACUAUGCUAAAAUAGAGAAAAAUGAAGAAUUUAAUUUGAUGCAAGACUUACAAUUUUCAUCAUCGACUCAAUAUCAAAGUGACAAUACGAAACAUUAUUACUUUACCAUAGUGGAGGAAAAUAAAGACCUUUUGACACAAGAUUUACGAUUGUCGAAAAAUUUAGAAGUAAAUGCUGUAUUUUCUGUGGACAGUAAUGAGGACGAGGAAAAAGCAAAAAAACGACGCAAUUGGAUCCGAAAUCCCCCUUUCUCCCCAAUAUCUAAAUUUUAUAGUGAAAAUAUAGGUGAUGACUGCAAUACGAUGGAAGAAAACGAGAAGGUUGAUUCAGCACAAUUUUCACAAAUUUCAACUUUAUCUAAAUUGUGUAGUAAAGUUAUGAAACAUUUUGACCGGGCCGCAAAGGAGGAAAAUCAAGACCUUCAAUUUACACAAGAUUUGCCAAUGUCUAUUAACCAUAUUCCAGCUAACUGUUAUAAUAAAGAGUUGGUUGAUCAUGACGCUACAAUUUCCGUAGAGAGUAUUGAAAGCUCAGUAAAGGAAAAUGAAAAACUUAAUUCGCUACAAGAUACACAGAUUUCACUAACGGAACUUUGUUAUAACGAAAAUUCAAAAAAUAAUGACACGUUUGAAGAAAAUUCGUCUAUUUCUUCUAAACGCAGUAAUGAUGUUAACAAUGAUGGCUGUAACACAAUGGAAGAAAAUAAAGUACAUUUCACUCAGGUUAGAAAACUUUCACCAUUACUUCAACUAUAUAGUGAAACUAUGAAAAAAUUUAACUGUAACUUAGUAGAGAAAAAUGAAGAACUUAAUUUGAUAGAAAAUCUACAAACCUCUCCACUUACUUGUAAAGAUUUUGAACAUUAUGACGAUGUACUUCCUAUGGAGAAUAAUGAAGACACGGUGAAGGAAAAUGACUGUGAUACGGUAGGAGAAAACAAAGAAAUCUAUUUAACUCAAAAUUUACAAAGGUCACUACCAGCUGAACGCCUUAGUAAAGAUAAGAAACAUGUUUGUGUGGUUCCCCUGCAGAAUAAUAAAGAUAUAGUGACAGAAAAUAAAGAACUUCAUUUGGACCAGACUUCAAAGCAACAUAAAAUUGAUUCUAAGACUAUGGACAAUAUUUGUGCAUUUCCUAAAGAAAGUGUUACACCAACUAAAUGUAAUUCAUUACAUGAUAAAACCAAAGAAAUGCUAGAAGAAAACGAAUCACAUUUGGACCAAGGUAUAGUAACCCCACAUCCCCUUAAUUCUGAUAGUAAAAAUGUUAAGCAGUUCGACUGCGGUGAAGAUACGAUGGGAAAAAAUGACGAAGUUGGUUUCGCUAAAAACUCACCACCUUUAGCGCCUCUUAUACGCUAUACGAAAGUGAUUAAACAGUAUAACUAUGCAGUUUCUAUUGAAAGCAGUACAAAUAUCAAGGAUAAAAAGAAAGAUAUUAAUUUGUCGCAAACCCAUCCAUCAGCCAAAAUCAAACAAGAGUCACAAGUUAUAACAAAAUCCGAAGAUCAUGCUAAAAGUAAAGAUACACCCGAAGAAAUAGUGGAACUUAACUUAACACAAGAGUCACAAAGUGUUCCAUCAGCUGAACAUUAUAUGAACAAUACCGAAUAUUAUGGCUGUGUACUUUCUACCGCGACUGUAGAAGAAAAUGAAAAACUCAAUUUCACACAAGAUUCAACAUCUGGUAAUGACCACAAUAAAAAUACUGAGGGAGACAGAAUGGGACAAAACUAUGAACUUGACUCAAUAGAAGAGUCACAAGCUAACUCCCAUAGUUCGCCACUAGCUGAGCAUCAAGAUAAAAAUAUUGAAUGCUACGACUGCGGAGUUUUUAUUGAGAAUAGUAAAGAAACAUUGGAAGAAAAUAAGGAAUUUAACUCAGAACAAGGGGACAGAAAUAUACCAAGUGCCUUACUAAAUUUAUCUGAUUUAUUGCAUAUAGAUAUUGUGGAAGAAAAUGAAGAACUAGACGAGGAAAAUAGUAAAGAAACAUUGGAAGAAAGUAAGGAACUUAACUCAACACAAGGGCAACAAAACAUACCAAGAGCCUUAAUAAAUAUAUCUGAUUUAUUGCAUAUAGAUAUUGUGGAAGAAAAUGAAGAACUAGAUAAUGAAAAAUGUAAAGAAACAUUGGGGGAAAGUAAGGAACUUAACUCAAAACAAGGGCAACAAAACAUACCGAGUGCCUUAGUAAAUAUAUCUGAUUUAUUGCAUAUAGAUAUUGUGGAAGAAAAUGAAGAAUUACAUUUUAAUGAAAAUUUAAAAUUUUCACCCCCACAUAUACGUCAUAGUGAAAAUAUUAAACAUAACCAUGGUGCGGUUCUUGAUUUGAGACAAGAUAUAGGAUAUGCAGUGGAAGAAUCUGAAGUACUUGAUUUGACAGAAGAUGUAGAUGACACAAACGAAAAAAAUGAAGUGUUUGAUUUAACAAAAGAUUUAGAGGAAGAAAGAGACCUAGUCGAAAAAAAUCAAGUGUUUGAUUUAACAAAAGAUUUCGAGGAAGAGAGAGACCUUGUAGGACAAAAUCAAGUGCUUGAUUUAACACAAGAUUUAGAGGAAGAGAGAGAUCUAGUCGGAAAAAAUCAGGUGCUUGAUUUAACAAAGGAUGUAAAUGAUAUAAUAAAUAUAAAUAGAAAAAGAAAUGUUCCUAAAGCAGAAUUCAGGAAUAAAAAAAAAUUAGAAAAACGUUCAAUUAAAAGACCUAAAAAAUAUAUAGUCGAAGAUUCACUGGCUACGCUACAAUCUGAAUGCCAUAGUAUAAGUAAAGACUUUAAUUUAACCAAAAAUUCACAACUUUUAUCAGCGGCUAAAUAUCAUAAAGAAAGUAGAGAUAAUAAUAAUUGCAAUACGGUCGAAGAAGAUAAUGAACUCAAUUUGAUGGAAGAUUUAUUGUCACCCCUGUCAUCACUUUAUAGUGAAAAUUCUGAAAAUACUAAUUGCGACUCAGUGGAAGAAAACGAAGAACUCGAUUUAAUACAAGAGUUACAAAUUUUACCCCGAUCUACUAGUUAUUUGGAAAAUACUGAUGACGGUGCAGUUAUUCUGAAAAACAGUAAAGACUCACUAGAAAAAAAUGAAAUACUUGAUUUGCCGCAAGAAAUACAAACCUCGCCUAAAUCCCCUAGUGAAAAUAUUGACCUUAAUCUCCAAGCAGGUUUUAUAAAGAUUAUUAAAGGGAAAGUAGAGAUAAAUGAAAAACGAUCGAUACAUGAUUCAGAAACCUCAGCACAAUAUAAAUGCCAUGCUACAAAUAAAAAAGAAGACUGUGUCAAAGAAUCACAAAUCUCGGUGCCACCAAUGCCUCCCUUGUCAUCAAUUUAUAAUAAAAAUUUGGAAAAUGAUGACUGUGAGAUAAUAGAUGAAAAAGAAGAAUUAGAAAGUUCAUCUCGAUCUAAACCUCAUAACUCAAAGCAAGAUCCACACAUUUUAUCAUCUAAAUUUCUAAGUAAAAAUAUAGAAAUUUACUACUGUGACUCCCUUGACGAAGAUGAGGAACUUACUUUAACCCAAGAUUUCCAAAAUAUACCAACUUCGAAAAUGAAUAGAAAAAAGUUGAGAGAAAAUGAAGAACUUAAUUUGCAACAGAAUAUGCAAAUUUCUAAGAAAAGGACCGUUCUAGAUGCUAAUUUAGUGUAUAAAGAUGUAUUGGAUGAACACGAAGAACUAAAUUUGGCACAUGAUUCACAAACAACACUACCACCUAAACGACGUAGAAAAAACAUUGAACGUUACGGAUGUGCAGUUCCUGUUGAGAGUAUUGAUCUGAAUGAGCAACGUAACUUACCACAAAGUUUACAUAUUCCUCUAUCACCUAAACAAAUACAUAGAAAAAUUGCGUGCAUUGAAAAGAAUACCACAGUUUCUAAGAAAAACAUUGUAAGUAAUAGAGACGAUCAAAAUUUGACACCUGAGUCACAAACAAGAGUGCCACUUAAGCGUUGUAGAAAGAUUAUAGAACGUUAUGGCUGUGUAGUUCCAGUGGAUAGUAUUUUUGUCGAUUCUUGUAAUUCAUUACAAAGUAAUGGGGAAGAUAUAGAAAAUGAUGACUCUGACACGAGCGAAGAAGAUGACGAACUUUAUUUGCCUCGAGAAUUGCCAACUUCACCAUCAUUUAAAUAUCGAAGUAAAAAUUUUAAAAAUUGCCACAGUUCAGCUCCUAUAAAAAGUACUGUUUUAGAUGGUGAUAAUUUAGUUCACACAGAAGCAGUGAAUCAAUAUUUAAAUUUAGCCGGAGGUUCACAAAUGUCGGCACCUCCGAAGCUUCAUAGGUGUCCUGUUUGUGAGAAAAAGUUCACCUCAUUGGAGCUAAGGAAGCACUGCCAAAUUCAUCACUUUUCAUUAAAGAAAUAUAUAAGAUAUGCACCGAAAUUUAACAAAAAUGUAAGAUUUUAUGCCAAGCCUGUGAAGAAAAAAGUUUUAUGGAAUGAGGAAGCAGAAUUUACUUGUCCUUUUUGUAAUGAGACGUUUAAUGGACUUACUUUUCAAGAUCAUGCUAAAGCCCAUGAGGACCAAGGAAAUUUUAGGUGCAAUACUUGUAAUCGCAAUUUCCUAAAAAUAACCCAUUUGAAAAUGCACCAACUCUCUCACAAAAAAGAAAAUACAUACACUUGUGAAGAAUGUGGCACGGGUUUUUCUAAGAAACAAGGAUUUGAGGCCCAUAAGCUUGCACAUACCGGAGAUCCUAAAUAUAUGAAGUACCAAUGUCUCAUUUGUCCAAGCAGAUUUCAUAAUUACGACGCAUUUAAAAAACACAGAUUUAAGCAUGAACAUGGAGUAUCUCAAUCUGCCUUCUAUGCACAAAAGAAAUGGAAAUGUUUAGAUUGUGGUCAAAUAUUUCAAAAACAAGAGGACCUGACUCGCCACACUUGUAGUUUUGCUUGUGCCAAAUGUCAUGAAAUCUUUCCUAAAAAGGAGUUCCAAAAACACACUUGCACUGUGAAAAAUAAGUGUUUGGCAUGUAAAGAUUGUGGGAAAGCAUUCAGACUGCCCAGUUCUUUCAAAAUGCACAGCUACAUAUGUCAAUCUGCUAAGACAUCCAAUCCAAGUCAAGGUGAAAAGUGUCAUAUUUGUAAUGAAGAAUUAAUCGGUGCAGAUGCUAUUCAGAAACAUAAGCAGAUGCAUAUUCUUAAACGAAGAUACGGUUGUACAGAAUGCGAGAAGAAGUUCACGGAAGCCAGUUCUCUAAGCGAACAUAUACGGAUGACUCAUCAAAAUAAGGAAAUUUAUCGAUGCAAGUUAUGUGAUCAAAAAUUUACAACAAAGUGGAAAUGUGAUGUACACAAACGAAUUCACAAAGGAAAACAUUUUGCGGAAUCCCGAAAUUUACUUCGUCAAUUAGAAAAAAUGCACGCGGAACGUAAAAAUAUAGGGAACAGUAAAAAAUGCUUCAAAUCAGUCACAGAUAACGUUAAAGGUAGAAGCACCCAGCUUCAAAAAGAUAGUAGUGGUGGUGUCAGUAGUAAUUUUUUGGACGUUGAUACAAUUAUUGUAAUAGAUUAGAUGUAAAUCCAUAUUUUCAUUUAUUUCAAUUUGUUAAAUAUUAAAUGUGUUUCGUUUAGAAGUCAUUUACAUUAGUCAUUUACGAGUGUGAUCUUAAAAAAUAAAUGUCCUUUGAUCAUUAUUUUUAUUCAAGUAAAUCGAAAGUGCUAAAAAAUGUCGCCGGACACUAUUUUUAUAAAAUAUUAUUAAAUAUAAAUUGAUUUUUUAACAUUU